UUAUUUUGUAAAUUUCCUAAAUUUAACCGAAAUUGGUUUGAUGUGACCAAAUAAAUAAACCGAGGUUGAUUUGGUAUUUGAUUUCAUGAUGUGGAAACUAGUCUCUUUACAAAUUAACGGUUCAUUCAUUGGUUUUGCUUUCGCUUUUUUUUUAUUUGGUUAAUUUGAAUUGAACACUGGCGGAUGAGAUCGUUUGUUUGAGCGAAGCCCCCUACUUUUUGGCCCUGUAUUGAACUGUGGCGGAUGAGAUCUCGGCCACGAUUGAUUCUCUCCGAGAUUAGGCUUAAUUGGGAGGAUAGGCGGUCGCGGUGAAGAUGGUGUGGAGUCGAAGUGCUCCGGGGUGGUUUCGGUGUACCGGUGGGUGGUUCUCCGGUGAUAGUCGAGGCAGAAGUGAUGCGGCGGUUCGCGAUGGAACGCGGCCGACAUCAUUUUGCUCUCUUGGGCCUAGGGCCGUUCUUGGGCUUGCGGUUUGUUAGUGGUUUGUUAGUGGGCCGUAUUUGAUGUGGGCCUUGUAAUUGUGAUGGGCUUUGGGCCUUUAUUAAAUAAACUUUGUCGGAAAAAAAAGAAUUGAACACUUCUAAUAAUCGGUUCAGAUAAAGACCACCGGUUAGGGGAUUGAACGGUGACCAAGAGGCUAUAUGUAAAAUAAACGGCCGAGAUGAAUGCAGUCUAGGGUAAGAUCUGUGAUCCACGGCACAUAGGAACAAGAGUAACUGGGUCCCGCAUGGGCCGUUAAUCCUCUGUUUCUCUCAUUCUCAUCUCUCUCUCUCUCUCGCGAUUCCAUUUUUGAUCUGAGUUUCUUUUCUGUUCAUGCUACAUUCCGUUGAUUACACGAAUCCGAGACUCUUUCAGACGAUCGUGAUCUGGAAUAUUAUCUCGUGUCCGUUUUUUUUUUGGUUUUAAGGAUGUCUAAUUUGUAUGGAGAUUACAACCAAAAGAUCGAUUACGUGUUUAAAGUCGUCUUGAUCGGUGACUCCGCGGUCGGAAAAACACAGCUGCUUGCUCGGUUCGCUAGGAAUGAGUUUAGUGUCGAUUCUAAAGCCACCAUCGGUGUUGAGUUCCAGACUAAAACGCUCGUUAUCGAUAACAAAACCGUCAAAGCUCAGAUUUGGGAUACUGCUGGCCAAGAAAGGUACCGGGCGGUGACAAGCGCAUACUACCGUGGAGCUGUUGGGGCAAUGUUGGUCUACGACAUGACCAAACGUCAAUCAUUUGAUCACAUGGCUAAAUGGCUAGAAGAGUUAAGAGGGCACGCGGACAAAAACAUAGUGAUUAUGCUAAUCGGAAACAAAUGCGAUCUCGGAAGCCUUAGAGCAGUGCCAACAGAAGACGCACAAGAGUUUGCACAAAGAGAAAAUUUGUUCUUCAUGGAAACCUCCGCUCUCGAAGCUACCAAUGUUGAAACUGCGUUUUUGACCAUCUUAACAGAGAUUUAUCGUAUAAUCAGCAAGAAAUCACUGACGGCUGAUGAUGAUGACGCCGAUGGGAACUCGAGUCUCUUGAAGGGGACUAGGAUUAUUAUUCCGAGCGAGGAAGAGAGUGGGAAGAGAGGUGGAUGUUGCGGCAAAACGUAACAAAACGUAACUCCAAAAGCAAAGGACAAAAGAUUGUAUUCUUUUUUUGUUUGGUUUUUGUUGUGUCUUUUCGUUGUUUUUUGUUCAUGUUAGGCCAUUUGUUCUUGAAACGAAACAAUAAGCCAAGGUUUACUAGAGAAAGAAGAGUUAUGACUUAUGAGGGUGAAACCAAGAGCCCCACUUUCUUACAUACCACUAUGAUCAAGGAGGCCAACAUUUUGAUAUUGUGAUUGUGUUUUAACUUUUAGAAAAAAAUGAGACUAUGUGAAUAUUUUCUUGUUUCAUUAUCUAUGGGGUUGUUAUUAGGCACAAACUAGUGAAACAUUAGUUUUUAUAUAAUUUUCAAAAUUAAUAUACACUAGACGUUAAGUUAAUGCCAUCCAAGCCAACAUUAGAUAUGGUACAUUAUGAGCCAACUUUUCAUUUUUCAAGUGUUCGAUCAUAACUUUAGUUGUGCAUCUAGGAUGAAUGCAUUAUUGUGACUCUGAUUAUUAUACUGGGUAUGUUACAAAUUAGGUUGACGCAGUGGGCCAGUGCCCAAUGUACGGGGUCAAACUAUUAAAUAGAGAAUCAAAAGUAGUUCUGACAUAGUUUCAUGUACAACCUCUCUUCUUCUUUUAUUGCCCUCGAAUUUGCAGCGCAGAAUAUUACAAAUGACUCUUGAUGAAGCCACAGAGCGGAUGAGAACUGUUCUUUUCACCACAUUUCUGCUGCACGAUGAUGAGUUUCACAGGAGUGGAAAGAGUUAAACGAGAACACAACUUCUUUGUAACAUAAAGGGACGUGGUAUUUGUGUAAGAUAUACUCGUGUUGUAUCAUUUGUUUUGAUUUUAGGAAUAAGAUUCGUUUGGCUAUCGAAAGUGGUGGGCUCUACUAAUACUUAUUUGUCUGCCCAUUGUAUUACUUGUAUUAUUGUUUUUGUCUCGAUUCACAACAAAGACUGUCGCACACUCAUUGGAUUCCGUUGUCAUGUCAUAAUCAUUAGAUGUUUAACACGUUUUUUUCGUUCUUUGCGAAUAAUGUCAUGUAAUUUGUAUUAAUCUUGGGGUAAAGAUACAUUCUUAUAGGUUAUAUACUGUUUUUUGACCCAAAAAAAAAAAGAGGCUAUAUACUGUUUAAAUACUUAUCGUUUGCAUUGCAUGUACAUGAAAUGAUUGCAGCAUCGCAA